AUGGCAUCAUCCAUUGCCACCUUCUUCAACAAGUUCCUCUAUCUCCUCAUCCUCUUGGUCCACCUUGGCUGCUUCAUCUUUACCACCACCGCCGCCGGAGGAAAACAAACGCCUCCGUCAAAGAAACGCAAAUUCUCACCUUCGUCCCAACCCUCUUCCCAUCCACACCCCAAAUUCAAAACCCAUAAAGCCCUUUCCUCUUCUUGGCAUUUCAUCAAACACCUCUUCUCCACCAAGUCCUGCAAAAACCCCACAACCGCCACCGCCCAAUCCUUCCCUCAAUCCACCGCCACCACAACCGCAACCACCGUCUCCACCGCCGCCGCCGCAGCAGCAACAGCACAUUCCCUAGUUUCACUAACACAACCCGACCCGGACAGAAAACCUCCCGGGUCGUGCCCAGAAUCCGACAUCUCCGCCGACACCAACCUCUUCUUCCCUCUCCGCAACGACAUCUUCCCCUGCACUGCGUGCGGUGAGAUCUUCCAGAAACCCCACCUCUUGGAAACCCACCAAACCCUCAAACAUGCGGUUUCGGAUCUACCCGGAUCCGACCCGGGCCACAACAUCGUCCAGAUAAUCUUCAAAUCAGGUUGGCCCGAAUCUAAACCCACCCCCACCAUAACCCGCAUCCUCAAGAUCCACAACAGCCCCAAGAUUCUCGCGAAAUUUGAGGAGUACCGCGAGGCCGUCAAGUCCAAGGCAGCGCGUCACGGCACCCUCACGCGCCGCCGCGACGAGCGCUGCAUCGCCGACGGCAACGAGCUCAUGCGCUUCCAUUGCUCGACGUUUCUCUGCGACUUAGGACACAGCGGGGAUUCCUCGAUUUGUUCGCAGCAAUUUUGUAAUAUCUGUGGAAUUAUCAAGUCCGGAUUUUCUCCAAAACUCGAUGGGAUCGCCACGCUGUCCACCAGCUGGCGGGCACACGCCACGAUCCCAGAUGACGUGGAAAGGGAGUUUCACUUCAUGAACGUCAAACGGGCCAUGCUUGUUUGUCGGGUGAUUGCGGGUCGGGUUGGAUCCGAUUCGGAUGAGGCCGAAAAAGAGGAUGGCAGUUUUGAUUCUGUGAUGGCGAGAGCAGAGAGUGGGGUUUACACCCGCCUUGAUGAGGAGGAGUUGCUGGUGUUUAAUCCAAGGGCUGUACUUCCUUGCUUUGUGAUUGUGUAUAGUGUGUGA